AUCGAAGUGCUGUCAAAAUUUCUGAUGUUCGAGUGACGUGUAAGAAAUUCGGUGUUUUUGGAUAUAUUCCCGAUUUUCUGCAUUUUCAAUUGGAUUUUCCUCCCAAAAGACGUGCUAAAGCAUCGGAAAAGCUACAAUGAGUUCCUUCAAGCGCGAUAAGAAGGAGGAAGAGGAUGGAGGUGGAAAUCCCUUCCAGAACCUGGAGAAGACCUCUGUGCUCCAGGAGACGAGGUCAUUCAAUGAGACACCCGUCAAUGCGAGGAAGUGCACGCAUAUUCUCACCAAGAUUCUCUACCUUAUCAACCAGGGUGAGGUGCUGGCUCCUCGUGAGGCAACGGAUUGUUUCUUUGCAACAACAAAACUGUUCCAAUCGAAGGAUGUCAUCCUGCGCAGGAUGGUCUACCUUGGAAUUAAGGAGCUUAGCUCAACUGCGGAUGACGUUAUAAUUGUAACAAGCUCCCUCACGAAGGACAUGACCGGAAAGGAGGAUCUCUACCGGGCAGCUGCUAUUCGAGCACUCUGCAGCAUCACUGAUGCCACGAUGCUCCAGGCUGUCGAGCGCUACAUGAAGCAGUGUAUUGUGGACAGAAAUGCAGCUGUUUCAUGUGCUGCCCUGGUAAGUUCUCUCCACCUCACCACAACUGCUGGAGAUGUUGUAAAGCGCUGGGCCAAUGAGGCACAGGAAGCCCUCAAUAGCGACAAUAUCAUGGUUCAGUACCACGCUCUUGGGCUACUCUAUCACAUCCGGAAGGCCGAUCGUCUUGCUGUGUCGAAGCUGGUGAAUAAAUUGACUCGGCAGAGCCUCAAGAGUCCCUAUGCCGUGUGCAUGCUCAUCCGGAUUGCAUCCAAGUUGAUCGAGGAGGAAGAUCAAAACUCAGGGGGACCACAGGAUUCGCCUCUGUUUGAAUUUAUUGAAUCAUGUUUGCGGCACAAGAGCGAAAUGGUCAUCUACGAGGCUGCCCAUGCGAUUGUCAAUCUCAAACGAACUGGCCCACGUGAAUUGGCACCAGCCGUCAGUAUUUUGCAACUCUUCUGCGGCUCCCCGAAGGCUACACUGCGAUUUGCAGCUGUGAGGACAAUGAACAAGGUGGCAAUGCAGCAUCCUGCAGCGGUGACAGCAUGCAAUCUAGACCUUGAAGGUCUCAUUACUGACUCCAACAGAUCCGUGGCUACUUUGGCUAUUACCACACUCCUCAAGACAGGAGCUGAGAGCUCCGUGGAGCGUCUCAUGAAGCAAAUUGCAACAUUUGUCGCUGAAAUCUCUGAUGAAUUCAAAGUCGUUGUAGUGCAGGCCAUUCGAGCACUUUGCUCAAAGUUUCCACGAAAGCAUCCGGUUCUCAUGAACUUCCUGAGUGGGAUGUUACGUGAGGAGGGUGGUUUGGAGUAUAAAACAUCCAUUGUGGACACGAUAAUUACAAUCAUUGAAGAGAACCCAGAUGCCAAGGAAGCUGGAUUGUCGCACUUGUGUGAAUUUAUUGAAGAUUGCGAACAUACUUCACUUGCCGUGAGAAUUCUCCAUUUGCUGGGCAAAGAGGGUCCAUACUCCAAAUCUCCCUCACGCUACAUCCGCUUCGUCUACAAUCGCGUCAUCCUCGAGAAUGCCACUGUGCGUGCUGCUGCUGUUUCAGCUAUGGCACAAUUUGGAGCUGCAUGUCCGGAUCUUUUGCAGAAUAUUCUUGUGCUUCUCAAUCGUUGCCAGAUGGAUACAGAUGAUGAGGUUCGCGAUCGCGCCACCUACUACCAGACAAUCCUCAAAUCAUGCGAUGGGAACCUAUCGAAAUCCUACGUGACACACAAUGUGCAACUCUCUUUGCCACUUCUCGAGCGAGCACUCAAGGAGCACCUCAAUGGUGCCCUCACUGAACGUUUCGACCUUAGCAUUGUACCCAAUACAGCUCCCGUCCAGGAAGAGAUUCACAACGAUGCCAUGAUUGUGACAAAUAGCGUCCCAAAGGCACCCAAAAUUACAAGAGAAGAAGCCAAUGCGGAGAAAUUGUCUCAAAUUCCGGGAAUUCAGCGUCUGGGUCCGAUUCACAAGUCCUCGCUUCCUGUUCAGCUCACCGAAAGCGAGACAGAAUAUACUGUUUCCUGCAUAAAGCACUGCUUUGCUCAUCAUAUGGUGUUUCAGUUCGAUUGUGUCAAUACACUAUCAGAUCAACUGUUGGAGAAUGUUCGCGUGGAACUUGUGCUUCCGGAUGGAUUCAUUGCUCGUGCGGUAAUACCAUGUGCAAAAUUGCCAUACAGCGAAGUUGGUUCAACAUAUGUUAUUGUGGAGUUCCCAAAUGACGUACCCAGCUCUGUGGCAACAUUCUGCGCAACACUGAAAUUCAUCGUGAAGGACUGUGAUCCCGCCACUGGCCAACCAGACUCAGAUGAGGGGUAUGAUGAUGAAUACAUUCUUGAGGAUCUCGAGAUCACGGUGGCUGAUCAGGUGCAAAAGGCAAAGAAGAGUAAUUUUGUCGCAGCAUGGGAUGCAGCAGAUACAGAAGAUUGGGUGGAAGCUGAAGAUACUUAUGCGCUCUCAGCGGUUAAUACACUACAGGAGGCCGUCAAUACAAUUUUGAAAUUCCUGGGAUUAAGUGCGGCCAGUAUGUCGGAGAUGGUGGCCGAAGGAACGCAUACUCACACCUUACUUUGCUCAGGAAUCUUUCGAGGGGGUGCUGAAAUCUUAGUACGUUCGAAGCUUGCUCUCGCAGACGGUGUUAACAUGCAAUUAACGGUCAGAUCAACCGAUGCAGAUGUUGCUGAAUUGAUUACCUCAGCUGUUGGUUGAAAUUGAAUCCCAUAUUUGUGUCGAGAGCAACAAAAACUUUGCUAUUUAUAGCACACAAAAUAGACGGGGGGUGAGUAUUUCAAGAAAAAAAAACUUAUAUUUAAGGAGUAUAUAAUUUAGCAGUGAAGAAUAUAAAUGCCCUAAAAAAUCAAUGGAAGUAGUUUUGUAAAUUUUCAGAAUGAAAUAAAAGAAAGAUAAAAAAAAACAGAAAACAAUUAAAGAUGUUACAGUGGAAUAUAUAUAUACCUUUUAAAAUUUAGAUAAUAAAAAUGAUUAAUUACA